AACCAUUUAAAGCAGUGAAUUUGACUUUUUGUUCUUAUUUUUCUUCCUUAUCAAAUACAUAACCAUUAUUUACAAAAUCUGUAAAACGACAUUUUGAAGGUCUAAAAUGGUGAACCAAACACACCCUUACAAGUAUACAUUACACUGGGGUCCAUAUCUGAGAAGUGGUGGAGGAUCAUAUGGGCCUGUUCCACCUCUGCAAAACACAGAAUAUGUACUAAUGCCAUUAUCAUUUUCACACACAUCACAUUGCUAAUGCAACAUCUCAGCUUUAUCAAUGACUCUAAAAGAACAAUCUUAAACAUUUUGGUAUAUAUCUUCCUUACCCUAUUCACCAAUUCUAAACAUAUCACAACCAGUGCAUGCUGAACUGAAGCUUUUUGCAUAACGUUUUCAACCCUCUCUGUCUAUUCUUAUUCAACAAACUUUCUAUUAAUGUCUUCCACACUUUUGUAUCUGUUGUGUUGAAUAUGUGAUGGAUGUGCCACAAACUCCAACCCCCUCUCCACAUUUGUAUCCACAAGAACUUCAACUUAAACUUUACCAAGCCUUCAUCUUCUCCAUUCCCAUACUCUUUUCCAUCAUUCUGGUUCUCUUGUUUUACUUGUUCUACCUCAAAAGAAGAGCUUCCUCUCUCUCAUCACCACCUCUCCAUAUACUUACCAACACUGCCAAUCCUCAAACAACAUAUCCUUACCCUUCACAACCUUACGGAUUAGAUCUUACAGUGCAAUUUCUUGACAAACUUCCAAGAAUUUUAUUUGAUGAGGAUUUUGGAACAAGAGAUUCAGUAUGUUGUGUUUGCCUUGGAGAAUUUGAGCUGAAGGAAGAGCUGCUACAAAUUCCUUAUUGCAAGCAUGUGUUUCACAUUAGCUGCAUAUGCAACUGGUUGCAAUCAAACUCCACGUGUCCACUUUGUAGAUGUUGCAUCACACCCUCCACCAAAUUCCUUAAUACACCCUCACCUAUUGUAUCAGACUCACCACAGCAGGGUGGAAUUUCAGGCUCUUCAUCACACAUCAUGUCCAUGCCUCAGCAACAAGAAGAUCAAGUUGGUAAUUCCACAAACACUACCAUUUUCCAAGGAAAUGGUGUAUUACUUACAUGAUCAUAUUCUGGAAUUCAAAGAAAAGAUUCAACUUGCCCUCAUGAGCUAAGAAUUCUGUGAAUUUAAAACCAAUAAUUUAUGAAAUAAACUGUGGCAGCUUUUCUUUA